GCGGAAGCUUCGCUUAGCCUCGGCGAAGGUGAGCAGAGGCUGCAACUGUGGGACGUCGGGGACCUGGGAGGCGACGCAGGACUGGCAGGUGGGAUCAGGCUAUUUGCUAAAGGCUCCUCCCCUCUGAACUGGGGUGAAGUGUACACUUUGCCCUUUUCAUAGCAUGGCUUUGGUCUGCAGAUUCCUGAGCAGCACCAACGCUCCUAGAAAGUGCCUGAAGCCAUGCGCGGCCCUGCGUCUGCCUCCAGGUCUUGUCGCAGCCUAUUGUUCCAGGAGCCUUCAAAAGCCGGGUGCCAGUCCUGGCAGAGCCUCCCAGCAGAGCAGGCCCGAAGAGGGUUUGCAAGGACAUGAGCCGAAGGAAGUCACUUUGGAUGUACCGUCUUCUGAAGAACAGCCUGAAGUGAGUUUUGAUAAAGCCAUUAGAGACGAAGUAAAGGACCACUUGAGACGCUUGAAGGAUGAGGUCCUGAAUCACUGGGUGGGCCCAGAAGGCCGCCCCCUGCACAAGGUCCUGCUGGAGCAAACCAGGGUCGUCUGGCAGUUCCGAGGCAAAGAGGACUUGGACAAGUGGGUCGUGACCUCCGAUAAGACGAUUGGAGGCAGAAGCGAAGUGUUCUUGAAAAUGGGCAAGAACAACCAAAGUGCAUUGCUAUAUGGGACGCUGAGCUCCGAGCCCCCCAAGGACGGGGAGAGCAGCCAGAGUGGGUUCUGUGCGAUGAUAUCCCGGGUGGUCCGGGGUGCCUUUGAGAGGAGGAUGUGUUACGACUGGUCCCAGUACAACAGUCUGUACCUCCGCGUCCGUGGCGAUGGGCGGCCUUGGAUGGUGAACAUCCGGGAGCAGAAGGACUUCAUCCAGAGCAAGGACCAGAUGUACAGCUACUUCAUGUACACCCGCGGCGGGCCCUACUGGCAGGAGGUCAAGAUUCCAUUUUCUAAAUUUUUCUUCUCAAACAAAGGAAGAAUCCGGGAUGCCCAGUACAAGCUUAUGCUUGACAAGAUUUCUUCUAUAGGAUUCACCCUGGCUGAUAAAGUAGAUGGUCCAUUCUUCCUGGAAAUAGAUUUUAUUGGUGUGUUUACUGACCCAGCCCACACAGAAGAAUUUGCUUAUGAAAAUUCUCCGGUGCUUAACCCAAGACUCUUUAGAUAAGAAAGAGUGUAUGGCAGUUUUGUUUUGUUAAACUAGUGAUAACAGUAGCAACCACAGUGAUACAAGAAAAAAAAGUAAGUGUUUUGUGGUGUUGGGGCUGAAACCCAGGGCCCACAACCAAAAUGCAGUUCAGCCCAAAAUAAAAACUAGUGGCGCCCGUAGUGGUGGCACAUGCCUAUAAUCCCAGCACUUGGGAGGCUGAGGCAGGAGGA